UCACCGGCAGCAAAGCAAUUAAGAAUGGGCUCCUCCCAGAGGCAGUUACUGAUCCCCAUCCUGGGCCUUUUGGUCUUGGCCGGAACAGCACUCAGCGGAGUACAGGAGGUGCACAAUGUGCUCGAACUGACGGGCCAGCAAGUCAACAAGUUGAGGUUCUCCACGGAUGUGGCCACCGACAAGUACACUCCUCCAGAGGAGAUGGACCCCCAGUUCUGGUACGAUAUCGCCGACGAGGAGCUCACCAAGAGGCUGCAGCUACCACAACCCAAUGCCAAGAAGGCCAAGAACAUCAUUAUGUUCCUGGGUGACGGUAUGCCACUCGCCACCGUCGCGGCUGCUCGAAUUCUGAAAGGACAGCGCCAGGGAAAUACCGGAGAGGAGUCCUCGCUGAGCUUUGAGCGAUUCCCCUACACGGGCUUGAGCAGGACGUAUUGCUCCAACGCCCAAGUACCGGACUCCGCCUGCACUGCCACCGCUUAUCUGUGCGGUGUGAAAACCAACAUCGUCAACAUUGGAGUAAGUGCCGCCGUGGAGUACAACAACUGCACAGCUAGCCAGGAUCCAGCGAACCGUCUAACCUCCAUCGCUGAGUGGGCCCAGAACGCCGGAAAAUCCACCGGUAUUGUGACUACCACCACUCUGACCCACGCCAGUCCCUCGGGAGCAUAUGCCAAGACAGCCAAUCGUAUGUGGGAGUGCGACACGGAUGUGACCAGCUACGGCGCGGAUGCCAGCACUUGCAUUGACAUGGCCACCCAACUGGUGACCCAGACUCCCGGCAAGAACUUUGAGGUCAUGUUUGGGGGUGGAAUGGGCAAGUUCCUGCCCAAUACGAUCGUAGAUAGCCACGGCAAUGCUGGUGAGCGAUCCGAUGGAGUGAAUCUGCUGUCCCGCUGGCAGGGACUUCACGAUGGAGGAGUCUUGGUCACCAACCGCAAACAGCUGCAAAUGUUGAAUGUUUCUGCUGUGUCCAGCGUCAUUGGACUGUUCCAGUCGAAGUUGAUGGAUUUCCACGAGGAAGCGGAUGAGUCCUACCAACCCACACUCUCCGAACUCACCGAGGUGGCCAUUAAGAAGCUGAGCCAAAACGAAAACGGUUACUUUGUUUUCAUCGAAGGUGGUCUGAUUGACUAUGGCAACCACUACACCCAAGCAGGAUAUGCUCUGGAUGAGGCCCUGGAGUUCGAGAAGGCAAUUCAGUUGGCCCGAAACAUGACUGACAUUGAGGACACCCUGAUUGUGGUGACUGCUGACCACGGACAUGCCGUCAGUAUCGCCGGAUAUCCUGGCAGGGGUACGCCCAUCCUAGGAAUCAAUCAGCACGACACGGACAUCAAUGGAGUGAAGUAUUCGGUGCUCAAUUAUGCCGCGGGACCUAAACAGUAUCUGGACGAGACUGGUCAGCGCAUCCCCUUGGAUGAUAUUUUGGGUGCCGACGAUGCCAUCACACCCAGCUACAUAGCCAAGGAUCAAGGCGUGCACUCCGGCGAGGAUGUAGGCAUCUUCGCCUCCGGUCCUCAGAGUCAUCUCUUCACCGGAGUGAUGCAGCAGAGCACCAUCCCUCACCUGAUGGCCUACGCCGCGUGCAUUGGGAGCGGACAGAAGGUGUGCGACAACUAACUGGGGCGGAUCUAACCCCCAAAAAACCUAACGGACUCAGGGAAACCAAACUUAAAGACACAGCCAUUUCUUUUAAAACUUUCAACAAGACUCUUCUUUUGUUCCUUUAAUAAAAAU